AUGUCAGUUGCCGCGACAAUCAAGCGCACCAUGGCCACUCCACCAAAGGAGAGUCGCAGGGUGCUGGAGGGUAUUAUUGCCGUGAACAAGCCACAAUGGGCCUCCUCAGCGGGUGUGUUGCGCGACCUGCAAGAACACUUUGCAAAAUCGGACAUUUUUAAGCCCUGGCUCGAAGCGCAACGGCGCGAAAUGAGGCUAUCGCACUCAAAGCCAAAGCACAUCGAGCGCCUGAAAGUAAAGCUUGGCCAUGGCGGGACUCUCGACCCCAUGGCAACUGGAGUCCUGAUCGUGGGCGUGGGUAAGGGCACAAAAUGCUUGCAGAGGUUCUUGGAGUGCACAAAGACAUACGAGUGCGUAGUACUCUUCGGCGCAGCAACGGACAGCUACGAUGCGGUCGGCAAGGUCGUGAGCAGAGCGCCGCACGAACAUGUCACGAAAGAGUUAGUCGAAGAGAAGCUCGCACAGUUUCGAGGCAAGAUCAUGCAAAAGCCAUCUGUGUUCUCGGCGCUCAAGGUGGACGGAAAGAAGAUGUACGAGUACGCACGCGAAGGAAAAGACAUACCAGAGGUGCCUGCGCGACCUGUCGAAGUCAAGGAUAUGGAGCUCGUGGAAUGGCUCGAGCCUGGCACCCACGAAUAUACAUGGCCGAAGGAAGAGGCGGAUGACGAUGCGAAGGAAGGGGCAGAGAAGCUGCUGGGUAUCAGGAAGCAGGAUGCCAGCACCUAUGCGAAAAACGCUUCUCGCAACACCAAGAAGAGAUCCAGAUCGCCGGAGAACGACCAAGUUGAGAAUGCUGGCGAGCAGCCGAAACGACCCAGGACCGACAGUGAACCCGCCAUGUCAGGCGCAUUGCCCACGGAAGAAGCUGCGGCAGAAGAUGCGCAGGAUGUCACAAUGGAAACGACAGCAGAGUCUACCAAAGCACCAGUCCCGUCUGAAGAACAGCCCGCAGAGGCCAACGAAGAAGUACCCCAAAAAGACGCCACCACACACACACCCGAGCCCACCGAUGCCCCAUCCACGACCGCCAACGAUACGACACCCCAAUCCUCUCCACCCGCCGCGCGCCUCCGCAUGACCGUAACAUCAGGCUUCUACGUCCGCUCUCUGUGCCACGACCUCGGUAUCGCCUGCUCCUCCCUCGGCCUCAUGUCGUCCCUCAUCCGCUCGCGACAAGGCGACUACACGCUCGGCAAAAACGUCAUCGAGUUCAGCGACCUGGAAAAAGACCCGGAAGUGUGGGAACCACAGGUACAAAAGCAGUUGGAAGAGUUCAUGGAGAAGGAAGGCUGGGAGGUGCAAGAGCUGGAGGAUGAUGAGACGUGGAAGGAGAAGAUGGGAGAGAGGAGGCUCGAGGGCGAUAGGGAUCGGAGUUACAAGGGUGGAUGGAAGGGUGGGAAAGGGGGUGGUGGGUGGAAGGGGAAAGGAGGGGGAAACAGGUAUUCGAAGGGGAUGAAUGGUGGGAGGAAAAACGAGUGA